AUGAGGAAGAACGAAAGCUACCAACAUGCCUCUAGGCAGGAAGUGAACAAGGAGAAAAGUUGUUUCAUCACAUACCAUUAUCUUGAUCCAAGGAUUAAGAAAUGGAAUAACUAUGAGCAAUCUAACAUUCCUUUCACCUACCUGGACAGUCCUAUCUAUACAGGCAGGAAAAGGAUCAAUCUUUUCACUGAUCUGGCUACUAAAGUGGUUUCUAAAGCAGGUGCUUGGCAAAGCAAGAUUCUCACAACUGGAGGCAAAGCUCUGAUCAUUAAGCACAUUCUCUCGUCACAGACUCUUCACCUCUUUGCAGCCAUGGAACCUCCUAUGUCCAUCCUAUUACAGAUACAGAAGUACUUCUCCAACUUUUUCCGGGGAAUGAACGAGGGGAAGAGUAAAUACCGCUGGUGCUUUUGGAGGAAUAUGUGUUAUCCUAUUGAGGAAGGGGGCCUAGGUUUCAAAUGA